GUCUCUAAUUUUAUUGUAAGAGGCAAUCACUAAACAAAUUACGAGAAUAAUGCGAUUUUUAAUUGCAUUAACCCUUUUGAUUUCGUUGGCAGGAAUCCAUGGAGCUGUAGUGAACGGAACCACGGCUUAUGGGAACAGAAACAAUGUGAUCGGCACUGUGGAUGGCAAUGGCAAUGUCAUCAACAAUGGACAGGUAGUCGGACACGUGAACCCAAACAACUCGAGACAAGUGUUGGACAACUCGGGUAAUGUAAUCGGGACUUUGGGUUAUAACGACAACCAAAUCGCUUACGACGGAAACGGCAACCAAAUCGGAGUCGUGGACGCGUGCGACCACGUCUGGAGUAACGGACAGGACAUCGGAUAUCUUGGCGCUGACAAUAAAACUGUAUAUGCCAAUGGCAGUAACCAGCAAAUUGGUAGCCUAAGGACCCCCUACUAUACCGGUGAUGGUGUAUAUGAUGCCAAUGGUAAUCUUGUGGGAACAGUAGGUAAUGACAACAACACAGUCUAUAACUCAAGCGGUCAGAAGAUCGGAACCCUGGACGCCAACGGAGUGAACGUUCGCGACGGCAAUAACAAUGUCAUCAGUGGUUGGCAAAGACGAAACAAGAGCCGAGAUGGUUGCGGGACAACCGGUGGAAACACUGGAAACACAGGAAACACAGGAAACACUGGAAACACAGGAAACACUGGAAACACUGGAAACACUGGCAACACUGGAAAUGAAGUGUACAAUAAUGGACAGGCUGUAGGAUAUGUUGGAACCAAUGGUCAGAUCUAUAACUUCAAUAACCAACCGAUCGGAUACUUAGACAGCGAUGGAAACACCGCUCGUUAUUACAACACAAAUCAAGUGAUCGGUUACAGAAAUGGGAAUGGCGUCAACACUGGCACCGGUACUAAUGGAGUUGGUAAUAUAGGAACCGGUAGUCAAGUGGUGUCCAACCUGUUGGUGGUGUUGUACCUGUUGGUGGAGUACAACCUGUUGGUGGUGUUGUACCGGUUGGUGGAGUACAAUCUGUUGUACCGGUUGGUGGUAUCCAGCCAGUUGGUAAUUACC